CUAGCACCUGCGCUUGGCUUGGCAGAUGUGAGCGCGCUCCGUUAUGAGCGCACAUUGGCGCUCCGCCAGCCGCCUCCCAGCGCGACUCAGCAAUCAGAGCGGGAUCCGACCCGAUCAGCGCACCAGCCAUCGGGAUGAAGGAAGACACUGAAAGUUAGGCGCUGGAGGCUGUCAGAGUGCGUUGAAGCUCAAUAUGCCCCUGUGCUUUAUGGGAAGAGGCAGUAUGUUGAGUGCUGCUCACCUCCCACUCUGCCCAGAGAAGUGGAUUCUCCUUCCAUCUUUUAAAACAAAAGACUCAAGAUUUGGCUCCAAAGUGACAUUUUUAUAUUUCAAGAGAGGAUGCAUGGUACACCACUGUGAUGCUUCUCAAUCAGUGUUUGGCACCAGCUGCAUGGUAUCAAAAAUAACAUCACAAAUAUUUUCAAGAUGGAUUACCUGAUUUCAGCACAGUAGCUUUCAUUUGCAUAUCUUGCUCUCCUCUCUUAGUGUUUCGUGAAGCAUCCUGGUACAUUGGCGGGAUAAUGGCUCAUUUGCUGGAAGCAACAUCAUUUAAAUUAUGCUUUGACAAGCCUUAAUGUGAUCAUUACUCUAAUAGCUUCCACGGGAAUUCAAUGAUGCCCCUUUUUUCUUUAGAAAGCUAAAGUUUUUACAGAACUGUGUCCAGCAUCAGCACCAUCUAGGUGUUGAUGGGUCCUGUGCUGGACAACAUGGCCCCAGCUUCUCUGAGCCAGAACUGCACCAACUGCAGCCAGAUUUUAAUCCCAGAGCUCAAGAUGGUCAAGACAGUGGUUUUAGGCAUGGUCCUUGGUGUGUUCAUCCUGUUUGGAGUGGUCGGAAACAUCCUGGUUAUCCUAUCUGUGGUUUGCCAUCGACACCUGCGGACGGUCACGCAUUAUUUCAUUGUUAAUCUGGCCGUGGCAGACCUGAUGCUGAGCUCCACUGUCCUGCCUUUUUCUGCCAUUUUUGAGAUUUUGGAUCGCUGGGUGUUUGGACGAGCUUUCUGUAACGUUUGGGCAGCUGUGGAUGUGCUCUGCUGCACGGCCUCCAUCAUGAGCCUCUGUGUGAUUUCUGUGGACCGUUAUAUUGGAGUUAGUUAUCCUCUGCGUUACCCUUCUAUUAUGACAAAGCGCAGGGCUCUGUUGGCAGUGAUGCUCUUGUGGGUGUUCUCUAUCAUCAUAUCCAUCGGGCCGUUGUUCGGUUGGAAAGAACCGGCACCAGAGGACGACUCCGUCUGCAAGAUCACAGAGGAGCCAGGAUACGCCAUUUUCUCAGCCGUAGGCUCCUUCUACCUCCCUCUGACCAUCAUACUGGUGAUGUACUGCCGGGUUUAUGUUGUAGCUCACAGAGAAAGCCAGGGCCUCAAAGAGGGCCAGAAGACAGAGAAGUCGGACUCGGAGCAGGUGAUUCUCAGGAUCCACCGUGGAAACACCACCGCACUAGAGGAGGAGUCGCUGCGCAGCCGCACUCAUUUUGCCUUGAGGUUAUUAAAGUUUUCACGUGAGAAGAAAGCCGCUAAGACGCUGGGCAUUGUGGUCGGCUGCUUUGUGUUGUGUUGGCUGCCGUUCUUCCUGGUAUUACCAAUUGGUUCCAUAUUCCCUGCACACAGACCAUCUGAAACAGUUUUCAAGAUCACCUUCUGGCUUGGCUACUUCAACAGCUGCAUCAACCCUAUCAUCUACCCAUGCUCCAAUCAGGAGUUCAAAAAGGCUUUUCAGAGUUUACUUGGAAUUCACUGUUUGAGGAUGACUCCCAGACCGCACCACCACCAUCUGAGUACAAGCCAAAGUCAAACCCAAGGUCACAACCAGGGUCUUGCUCUGAGCCUCGACAGCAGGGGGGGUCCCUGCAGACUAAGCCCCUCUUCAUCCGUAGCUCUGUCUAGAACUCCUUCCUCCAGGGACAGCAGGGAAUGGAAAGUCUUCUCUGUGGGCCCCAUCGGCAGCGGGGAAGGCCCGGCCGAUAGCAGCAGGGCCAAGGUGGCCAAACUGUGCAACAAAAGCCUCCGGCGAACCUGUUGCUGCGUUCUCAGUCCUGAGCCUCCUACACAGGAACCUCGUGUUGUUGGAGACCUUCCAAUUAUUAAAAUCCACCAGCUAUCCCUGUCAGAAAAAGGAGAUCCUGUAUAACCUGAAGUAUCAUUCAUGCUACGUUUUAUUUGACGCUGCUGCUGCUUUGAAACUGAGAUUUACCUCAACUUUGAUAUCGUACUUUUACUUUUUGCUUUACCAGAUAUAAAUCAGCCAAGAGGGCAAAAAGAAGAAGUUUUCUGUCAAUUCUGUUGAAUCAAAGGGAACCAAAAUUGCUAAGGUGAUUUAGAUGAGCUAUUUCAAGCAUUCCCAAAUGUUUACAUGUACAGCAGGAAUGAAAAAUGUA